UUUUGUUCUGGUUGACGCAAAGUGCCGCGUCUGUCCACGAGGGGGCGCCAGUCCCUGCUUACGUCUCCCGGUGACGCAACCUCGUAUCCAACAUGGCCGCCGCCGUAACGGCAAUACCGGCGAAAACGCACAGCUCGGAGGACGGAGGUGGAGAAGCGGCGUUGAUUUCACUCUUUAAAAGUUGACUCCCGAGCGGCGAUGUUGCUGUCGCGCUGCUUAAGAAGCCAGAAAGCUGCGGCCCUUUUUAAAUGUUCGAGCCCCCGGCGGGAUGCUAGCAGGAGAGAUGCUAGCAGGAGAGAUGCUAACGUGACUUUCUUUAGUCGUUCAGCUGGAUCUGCAGCACAGGCGAGCAAGGCUCUUCUGUUCAGGAAACACGGGGACCCUUCUAAAGUCGUCCAGUUGGAAGAUGUAGACCUGCCACCCAUCGGGGCAAAAGACGUCCUGGUUAAAAUGCUGGCCGCGCCGAUCAACCCGUCCGACAUCAACAUGAUUCAAGGUACUUAUGCCAUCUUGCCUGACCUCCCGGCUGUUGGGGGCAACGAGGGAGUGGCCCAGAUUUUGGAAGUCGGCGGCCAGGUGACGUCCCUCAGAACGGGAGACUGGGUCAUUCCUAAAGAUGCCGGUUUAGGGACGUGGAGGACGGUGGCCGUUGUAGCUGAAGACGAUGUCAUUGCACUGCCAUGUGACAUCCCCCUGUUGUCUGCUGCCACACUGGGGGUGAAUCCCUGCACUGCCUUCAGGAUGCUCUGCGACUUUGAAGAGCUCAAAGCAGGUGACUCCGUGAUCCAGAAUGCAGCAAACAGUGGAGUCGGGCAGGCUGUAAUUCAGAUUGCUGCAGCGAGGGGAAUAAGCACCAUCAACGUCAUCCGAGACAGGGCAGAGUUCACAGAGCUCAGUGAUAGGCUGAAGGCCAUGGGAGGAACGCAUGUGAUCAAAGAGGAGGCGCUGAGACGACCGGAUAUGAAGGAACUGUUCAAGAACUGUCCAAAGCCUAAACUGGCGCUUAAUGGAGUCGGAGGCAAGAGUGCGACAGAGCUGCUGCGUCAUCUACAAUAUGGAGGAUCGAUGGUGACGUACGGGGGGAUGGCCAAACAGCCCGUUACCGUCCCUGUGAGUGCUCUUAUUUUCAAGGAUGUGAAGGUUCGGGGGUUUUGGGUCACACAGUGGAAGAGGGACCACUCAAGCGAUGGAAAGGCAUUCGCAGCCAUGCUGGAUGAACUGUGCCGGCUCGUUCAGGAGGGGAAGCUGACGCCUCCCACCUGCACCCAGGUGGACCUCCAAGACUACAGCAGAGCUCUGGACGCGGCUACGCAGCCCUUCACCUCCACUAAGCAGGUCCUGAUCAUGUGAAGGUCCACUUGUUAACAAACACUCAAUAAAAUAUUCAGGCUCAAAGUCCA